AUGGUUUAUUACGGGAACACCUCAAUCGGAGAAGUGGAGGUGUGGCCCAAGGGCGAGGCGAGCGCGGGCCUGGCCGUGGCGGCUUGGGCGCGAGAAAUCCGCGUUGACCGCCUUUCCCGGCCCAGCGAGCGCUGCCCUCCGCUGGCGGUCAUGCAUACCGUGGCCGUCGGCGCCCGAUGCCUCGUCAUGGAAUCCAGGCCGCCCGUCGCCGCCGACGUGGCGCCGAUGCCUCUCGUCGCCAUGCACGCCGCUUGCCUCAGGGACAACAAGACUGCGGUUGUUCCACUUGGAGAUGGAGAAUUGCAUUUAGUUGCGAUGACAUCCAGAAGAAACUUGACAAAUCAUGCAUGUUUCUGGGGCUAUAAAUUGCCAUUUGGUUUGUAUAAUUCUUGCUUGACCAUGUUAAAUCUUCGAUGCCUGGGUAUCGUGUUUGACCUUGAUGAGACAUUGAUUGUCGCCAAUACAUCACGGUCCUUUGAGGACAGAAUUGAUGGACUUCAAAGAAAGCUCAGUAAUGAGACUGAUCCACAGCGUAGGAAUGGUAUGCUAUCAGAGAUCAAAAGGUACCAAGAUGAUAAGUCCAUCCUAAAGCAAUAUAUAGAAGGUGAUCAGGUCUAUGAUGAUGGAGAAGUGUAUAAAGCGCAACCUGAGAUUGUUCCACCGUUGUCUGAUAACCAGCAACCAAUGACACGUCCAGUUAUAAGAUUACAAGAUAAAAACAUUAUCCUGACAAGAAUAAAUCCUCUGAUUAGGGAUACCAGUGUUCUUGUACGUUUAAGGCCAGCCUGGGAGGAUCUUCGCAGCUACUUAAUUGCAAGAGGUCGCAAGCGUUUUGAGGUCUAUGUGUGUACGAUGGCUGAAAGAGACUAUGCUUUAGAAAUGUGGAGAUUGCUUGAUCCAGAUUCAAGAUUGAUUAAUUCUGUUCAACUUCAUGAUCGGAUGGUGUGUGUAAAAUCUGGUUUAAAGAAGUCCUUGCUAAAUGUCUUCCAUGAUGGUUCUUGCCAUCCUGGUAUGGCAUUAGUAAUUGAUGAUCGUCUAAAAGUUUGGGAUGAGAAGGAUCAAUUACGAGUUCAUGUGGUUCCUGCAUUUACUCCAUAUUAUGCUCCUCAGGCAGAGGCAAAUUGUUCUAUCCCGGUUCUGUGUGUAGCCAGAAACGUUGCAUGCAAUGUUAGGGGUGGUUUCUUCAAAGACUUCGAUGAAGUUCUCUUACCAAGGAUUAGCAAUAUUCACUAUGAGGAUGAAGUAAAUGAUAUCUCAUCUGCGCCAGAUGUUGGCAAUUAUUUGAUAAGAGAGGAUGAGAAUGCCGCAUUAGUGAAUGGAAAUAGAGAUUCAUUGCCUUUUGAUGGUAUGGCAGAUGCAGAGGUUGAGAGGAGAAUGAAGGAAGCCAAUGCUCAAGCAUUCCAUCAAACAGCGGGGAACUUUGUCAUGCCAGUAGCCCCUGCUCAGAAUUUUGUUUCAUCUUCAGUUGCACCAUUAGCUCCACCUCUUGGCAUGAUGCCACCUCCAUUCAGCCAGCCAGUUGUUCAACCAGGUUUUUCAGAUUCACUGCAAGGUUCUCCAGCUAGAGAAGAGGGCGAAGUUCCUGAGUCUGAGUUGGAUCCGGACACAAGGAGAAGGCUUCUCAUAUUACAGCAUGGUCAAGACACAAGAGAUCCUACACCUCCACUCCCAGCAAUACCACCAGUGCAAGUUCCAGUUCCUCCAGUGCAACCUCAUGGGAAUUGGUUUCCCACAGAGGAUGGGCUAAACCCAAGUAACCUGAAUAGAGGUUCAGCAGGUUUCACUGUAGAAUCCGAUUCUAUGCUCUACGAGAAAAAACAACCACCUCAUCCUUCAUUCUUUCAUGGUGGGGAUAGUCCUAUGUCGUCUGAUAGAUUUGGCUAUCAGAACCAGAGGUUUCCCUCUCAGCUACCACACACCGAGGAUCACCACAUGCUUCAGAACCAUGCACCUCCAAAAUACAGAUCCUUUUCUGGUGAGGAGCUAGCAGCUCGGCAUGUUCCCUCAAGCCAGAGAAACAACCAGAUAGAAUCAGGAAGACACUUUGCACAAUAUGCUGGGACCUCUGCUGGCAUAUUAGAGGGGAUUGCUCUGAAAUGUGGAUCUAAGGUGGAGUACAGGUCAACAUUAUGUGAUACUGCAGAACUACAAUUCUCUAUUGAGGUUUGGAUUGUUGGGGAAAAGGUUGGUGAAGGCAUUGGUAGGACAAGGAGAGAAGCACAGCGUCAAGCUGCAGAAAUGUCUUUAAGAAAAUUGGCCAAUAAAUACUUGUCAUCUGAUCCAAAUAAGUUGACUGAUAUGAAAGAAAAUGGUUUCAGUAGCAACAGAAAUGUCUUUGGUUACUCUGGAAAUACCAGGGAUGAUAUGUUGCCUCUUUCAAGUACUUCUGAGGAAUCUCGCUUUAUGAAAAUGGAGGAGAACAAUUCCAGGAAAACAGGAGGUUCUGUUGCUGCUCUCAAGGAACUUUGCACGGUUGAGGGAUAUAACUUAGUUUUUCAAGAGCGUCCAUCUCCAGCAGAUGGUUUAGUUGGGAAAGAAUCUUAUGCUCAGGUAGAAGUUGGUGGACAAAUUCUAGGCAAAGGAGUUGGAUUAACAUGGGAAGAGGCCAAGCUCCAGGCUGCUGAUGAGGCCCUUGGAACUUUAAGAUCCAUGCUAGGUCAACUUGGUCAUAAGCGAUCUGGCUCUCCAAGGUCAUUGGCACCAAAUUUUAACAAGCGGUUCAAGCCAGAUUUUCCAAGGACCGUACAAAGAGUUCCUUAUGGAACAUAUUCUAGGAUCGAAGGUCUCCACACAUUGAAUGCAAGCCCUAGAUUUCUGGCUUCUGGUGGGCUUCCAAGGCUCUCACAGGCCGCCACUGGCCAUGAGAGUACCGACGAAGGGCCAAGUAACUAUGAAGUAUUAAUGGUGGCCAUCACUUCGUGCAGAAUUUCAUUGCCAUGA